AUGGCGACAGUUGAGGAACUCACAGGGAUCGUUAAAGGACUAGCUAACGUGGGAAAGUCCCAGCUACUAGCAAACCAACACGAUGCCCAAGAAGCAAAUCGACAACACAUCGAAGCACUAACGAAAACUGUCGCAGAUUUAGCCACAAAUUUCCCAAGUUCAAGCCAUGUUGACACUUUGAAGUUGCCUCAAGUGGUUUUACCACGCUAUACAGGUAAGCCUGACGAACAACUUGACCAUUUCCAACGCUAUUAAAAUCUUCUGGAGUUCCAGCUAAACAUUGGACAACCUAUCUUAAGCAACAGGUACAGCAAGAUUUACGUGCUUAUGAUUCUGUUGUGUUUGCUGAAGAAUGUAAACAUGCUCUUGGAGAGGACCCUGCCAAUAUUACUAUCGAACAGUAUGAAACGUACUUUAACCUUUUCAAAGCAUCGUUAGUUAAGAAACGUGGAAAACCUAAAGAUGAACGUAUAUGUGAAUUACUUCAAGUCUACUACAACCUCCAACAAAGUAAAGCAGAACCUGUUUCAACUUUUGCACAUCGAUUCUGUGACAUUCAACACAAACUCGAGAAAUGUAUUCCUGGAAUACACUAUACAGGCACGAAUGAUCAUAUCGAACUAAGACAUGCAUUUUUGAUAAAGCUUCAACCGGAAAUUGGGAAAGCUCUGAUGAGCCGAGACGCCAAGUAUUCUUCUUUAUCUGAAGUUAUUGAAGCUGCUAACAGAUUUGAACAAAGUUUUCCCCCAUUACCUCUCCUUUCAGCAGACUAUGUUGACCCAUUUCGUGAAGACAAAGCUAUGUUAAAAGCCAAAUCCUGUUACAACUGUAAUCAACCUGGUCAUUUCAAAAGAAACUGUCCUGCUUUGUACAAUCCUGGGACAAACCAAGAACGAAAACAAACAUUUCGUGGAAAUACUACCAGUCAAACCGAAGUGUGCCUCCAGUGGAAUCAACAUGUCCCUCGCUCCUUACUUCCUGAUAAUCAAUGCAAGUUUCAUCGAGAACAUGUGUGUCUGGUUUGCAAAAAGAAGGGAUGUAAACAACUGUUACACAAAGAAGAUAAGUUGCCUACACAAAGUCAACUGGAAGAAAGGCUAUCAAGUUUUUUUGCUCUAAAUUGGAAACUGUACUUCCAAAUCCAAAACCCCCUACCCCACCCACCACCCCUGCUGACAAUAACCCACCAGCCAGUGAUUAUCCCCUAUUUGGCAUGCCAUCCAUUGCAGCCAAUUCUGUUGAAAUUCCUGACUUGAGCAAGAAGUAUAUAAUGUGGACAAAAGUCAAAUCAGUCGGUGUUGAACUUUCGCUGCCUCUUGAUACUUGUUGCUCAGUGUCGCUUUGUAGUUUGACCCAUGCUGAACAUGUCCAACAAAUGCAUCUAGACCUGAAAAUGACCAAGCUUACCAAGCCAGUUGCAAUUAAUGUUGCUAAUGAAGAUGCUGUUUUACAAGGGAUCAGGGAAAGGGAAAGGGGCCCAGGGAAAUCUUCAGUACAUACCAUUUUGGUUGUACCCAAGUUAGCUUGGCAUGUUUUGUUUGGUAACAAUCAUUUAGAAGCCACCAAUGCAAUUGUUAAACACCAAGAACGUUGCUAUAAAGUGCCCAAGGGAACCUCCUGUCUGUCCUUCUGGAAGAGUCGAAACCAAUGUCAUAUCCUUGAGUACAGUAGUAGAAACCCCUCAAAAAUUAUCACCUGGUAUUAA